ACGCCAAAAUAGCAAAAGUCACAUGAUCGUUAUGAACUGGAUGAACACUUACAAUUGAGGAAGUUGAAUUACACUACAAUAUCUAAUCUGUAUCGACGAGGUCGGAUAUCAUUCCUGACAUGGCAGAUGCAACAAGUACAAACUGUACUGUUUGUGAGGCACAGUCCGCUGUAAAAGCAGCUGUGAAGUGGUGUUCAGAAUGUGAGGAAACCUUUUGUUUCGACUGUCUAAAGUACCAUAGCAACGCCAAGUCAACAAAAAGUCAUGCCGUAAUUGAUGUAAGUGAUCAGAAAGAACUCCCUGAUUUCGUACUGAAAAUAAAGCAGCACUGUGGUGAACAUGGAUCGCUAUUCCAGAACUAUUGUUUAAGUCAUGAACAACCAUGUUGUAGGAAAUGUAUCAACUCCACCCAUAAGAACUGCAUAGAUAUGCCACCUCUAGAUGAUGUCAUCAAAGAUGUUAGCAAGUCAGCAGCUGUAGAAGACAUUCAAAAACGUCUACAGAACCUUAAAGAGUAUUAUGAGCGUCUCUGUCAAGAAAAAGAGGAAAAUGCAAAAGAAAUUAAGACCCAGUCGAAAGCUAUCAUUGCGCAUGUCAUGUUCAUCCGACUUAAAUUGAAUCGGCAUUUAGAUUGGUUAGAGAGUGAUGUGCUAAAGAAGGUAUCUGAGCAAGAAAAUAACGCACUACAAAAGAUGGGGACAAUUUCGAGGGACUUAAAAGGGAAGGAGGAUACAAUAGGUGAUUUAUACAAAGGCUUCAUAAAAAUGCAAAAUCAUGCGUCAGAACUUCAGAUAUUUCUCGGAACCAAGGAAUUCGAAUUAGAAGUAAGAAGGCGGGAGAAUGAAAUUGAAGAAUUGACAAAAGAUGAUUCGUUAGACAUAAAGUGCAUUGUGUUCCAAGAAAAUAUUGAACUUGCCUCUUUUACUUGUGACGUUAGUUCUUUCGGUGAUAUUGGAAUACAGAUUACUCCAUCAACAACCAUUUUCACAAAGCCAAAAGAGCAACAAGCACAGACUACAGUUGAGAAGAAAAAGAUUGAUGACAUCAAUCUGAAAUUGUUGACAGAAGUUAAAUUCGCGGGAAGCUAUAUAUGUGGAUGUGCAAUUUUGGAAGAUGAUGCUUUAUGUAUUGCUGGCCCGAAUACAAAAACAUUGCUUUUGAAAAAUACAAAUGAAUCUUUGAUGCACAAAAUUACUCUACCUGAUAAGCCGUAUGACAUUACCUAUGUAAACGAACACACCUUAGCAGUUACGACAUCAAAUUACUGCAGCACAAUAUUUAUCGUUAACCUGAUGACAAAAAAGGUCGAGAAAACCAUCAACACUGAAUACAGAUGCUUUGGAAUUUCCUUUUCGAACGGUAACUUGAUAAUCCAUUCAUCUGAUGUGGGACUGAUCUCACUAAAUAUAGAGAGUGGUAGAAUAACUGAACUUGGUAUUGGAAAUAAGGUGUGUGAUUCUUAUGUCGCUAUGCAUGAUGGUAAAAUAUACUGUACUAAUCCGGCAGGGCAUUGCAUACAGUGCUACAAUAUCGAACAAUCACUUGCCUGGGAAUUCAAGGACAAAUCGUUGAUCGCACCACGAGGUAUAGCCGUUGACAAAAAAGGAAUGGUUUAUGUCGGUGAUCAGAGAGGCGGAAACGUGCUUAUCAUCUCCCCUGAUGGAAGCAAACACAGAGUUAUAAAGAUCGAUAUGAUUCCUAGGCCAAGGACACUCAGCUUUGAUAAGGCAAGGACUCGUUUGCUUAUAUGCGGGGUAGACGGUCCAGUAGGCAUAUUUGUUAUCACGUAAAAGGAACAACUAAAUUGUGAUCGAUCACAUGCCAAGUUGGAGGACACUUAGCUCCAACAAAGUAAACACUAGCUUGUUUAUUUGCAAUUUUAAAGGGCAAGUGAUGUCAUAUUAUCGAUUUUGGAAAGAACAUGUACAGCAAUGCCAGUCACGUGGUAUGUAAUAUAUGGUGGAGUGAGUAUUUGAGAUCGAUCGUGAGAGAAAAAUUGAAGCAGAUAAUAGACCGAAAUUAGAGAAAGAAGAAUACAAAUGUUAGUUUGUUAUCACAUUAUAAGUUUUUCGAGUUUGACUGUCCCUUUGGUAUCUUUCGUCCCUCUUUUUGUAUGGUAUUUUUAAAUGAGUUUUGUAUUGUUUGGGGAUAUCUGUUAUAACUAGAGCUAACUCCUGAUUUCGUCGACAUGUUUAACCUCGCCACAUUCUGUAUAUAUGUGCCUGUCCAUGGCAAAGUCAGGAGCCUGUGAUUCAGUGGUUGUCGUUUGCUUAUGUGUUACAUAUUUGUUUUUCAUUCAUUUUUAUUUUUGUAAAUAAAUUAGGCCGUUAGUUUUCUUGUUUGAAUUGUUUUACAUAGUCAUUUCGGGGCCUUUUAUAGCUGACUAUGCGGUAUUGGCUUUGCUCAUUGUUAAAGAUAGUACGGUGACCUUUAGUUGAUAAUUUCUGUGUCAUUUUGGUCUAUUUUGGUGAGUUGUCUCAUUGGCAAUCAUACCACAUCUCCUUAUUUUUGUAGUUGAGUAAAAAUAGACUUCCCACUUAAAACCAAAACAUAUAAAAUAAACUCAAAUUAAAAAAACGACAAGAUUAUCAAAGGCUAAAGGUUCCUAAUUUGGGACAGGCGCCGGGGUUCAAAGUGUUUUGUGAGAUCUCAUCCCUUUCCUAUACCUCAAGCAAAUGCAUAAUAAACAAA